GCAGACUGUGGGAAAAUAAUUGGCCUGAGAGUUUAGAGCCCUGUUUAGAGAGGCUUCUGAAAUAAUUUAGGUGGAAAAAAGUACUGAGGGCUUAAAUUAGGCAGUGGUAAUAAAAAACAGAGAUGAGGAGAGAAUUUGACGUAAUUAGGAACUUGUAGCAUAUAACAUCACAUGGCACUGUAAUUUACCUAUUAAGUCUGUCUGCAGGUAUAGCUGAGCAGUGACGUUAUAGCUAGCUCUUUUGUGUUCAUUUUUGUAUCCUCAGAGUUCACUCAGUGACGGGCAGAGUCACUCUUGAGGAGUGGUGGCAUAACGAAUUUGGAAGUGAAAUACAGGGGGAGGGCUAUGGAGAUCAGAAGAAAGGAAUAUGUCUAGGAGAGUGUCGAGAGAAAGAAUGUGGAAUGUAGGAAGCCCAUGAGCGAGAGUGGGGAACAAGAAUCUCAAAAGUCAUUCUCCACCUCUUCCUUGGUGCCCAAUUCCUCGCGCUCCGGAGUCUCACGAGCUACAAUCCACGUCCGGUUUUCCCGCCACUUGCAGCAGCUGCUCCACCUCCCUGGCAGUCAAUGGAUAAAAGCCCAUCAACUCCAGGUCACGCCCUCUCCGCGCCACCCACUGCAUUCCCCGCCGUCUCCCCCUACUCUUGGGGAAUUGCCUGUUUGUUAAGCUCCGCCUACCCCGGAGCCCGUCCCGAGUAAGGGCUUCAUUGGUCCCGCCCCCUCCCGGGGUAGCUCUCGUUCGGCCCGCCUCCGCCGGGCCUGCCCAGCCUCUGUGCGGCCCUCGCCAGAGGGCGCAGCGCAACCCGCCCGCCGCCUGCCGAGAGUCUGUCGCACACACCCCCUUCCGCCCCGCGCGCCUGCAGUUCCGAGCUGACUACGCCUCCGCUCCAAGCCCGCCGGGCUGCGCGGGUUCCGAGUCCGAAAGGGGUCUGGGGUCCCCUGAUGGCCGCGCCAGAGUCUAGGAGGCCAAACGUGUAAGCUGACCGGCGUCAUGGAGGCAGAGCAGCGGCCAACGACGGGGGCCGGCGACGGGGCGACCCCCGGGCUGGAGACAACGCCUCCUGCUGCCCCCGCGCCUGCGACCGCGGCCUCAGGUCCGAUCCCUGGGUCCGCAACCGGACCCGAGCCCAAAAGGAGGCAGUUCGGGACGCUGCUACAGCCCACGGUCAACAAGUUCUCCCUUCGCGUGUUCGGCAGCCACAAAGCAGUGGAAAUCGAGCAGGAACGGGUCAAGUCAGCGGGGGCCUGGAUCAUCCACCCCUACAGCGACUUCCGGUUUUACUGGGACCUGAUCAUGCUCCUGCUGAUGGUGGGGAAUCUCAUUGUUCUGCCCGUGGGCAUCACCUUCUUCAAGGAGGAGAACUCCCCGCCUUGGAUCGUCUUCAACGUCCUGUCUGACACUUUCUUCCUGCUGGAUCUCGUUCUCAACUUCCGCACGGGCAUUGUGGUAGAGGAGGGCGCUGAAAUCCUACUGGCACCCAGAGCCAUCCGCACGCGCUACCUGCGCACCUGGUUCCUGGUUGACCUCAUCUCCUCUAUACCCGUGGAUUACAUCUUCCUAGUGGUGGAGCUGGAGCCACGAUUGGACGCCGAGGUCUACAAAACUGCGCGGGCCCUGCGCAUUGUGCGCUUCACCAAGAUUCUCAGCCUGCUGCGGCUGCUCCGCCUCUCCCGCCUCAUCCGCUACAUACACCAGUGGGAGGAGAUCUUUCACAUGACCUAUGACCUGGCCAGUGCUGUGGUUCGCAUCUUCAACCUCAUCGGGAUGAUGCUGCUGCUUUGUCACUGGGAUGGCUGUCUGCAGUUCCUGGUCCCCAUGCUGCAGGACUUCCCUCCUGACUGCUGGGUCUCCAUCAACCACAUGGUGAACCACUCGUGGGGCCGCCAGUAUUCCCACGCUCUCUUCAAGGCCAUGAGCCACAUGCUGUGCAUUGGCUACGGGCAGCAGGCACCUGUUGGCAUGCCCGACGUCUGGCUCACCAUGCUCAGCAUGAUCGUGGGUGCCACGUGCUAUGCCAUGUUCAUCGGCCACGCCACCGCCCUCAUCCAGUCCCUGGACUCUUCCCGGCGCCAGUACCAGGAGAAGUACAAGCAGGUGGAGCAGUACAUGUCCUUCCACAAGCUGCCGGCUGACACACGGCAGCGCAUCCAUGAGUACUAUGAACACCGCUAUCAAGGCAAGAUGUUUGAUGAGGAAAGCAUCCUAGGAGAGCUGAGCGAGCCGCUUCGGGAGGAGAUUAUUAACUUCACCUGCCGGGGCCUGGUGGCCCACAUGCCACUGUUUGCCCACGCCGACCCCAGCUUCGUCACAGCGGUGCUCACCAAGCUGCGCUUUGAGGUCUUCCAGCCAGGGGACCUCGUGGUGCGUGAGGGCUCUGUGGGCAGGAAGAUGUACUUCAUCCAGCAUGGGCUGCUCAGUGUGCUGGCACGUGGCGCCCGGGACACCCGCCUCACUGAUGGAUCCUACUUUGGGGAAAUCUGUCUGCUGACUCGGGGCCGCCGCACGGCCAGCGUGCGGGCUGACACCUACUGCCGCCUCUACUCGCUCAGCGUGGAUCAUUUCAACGCUGUGCUCGAGGAGUUCCCCAUGAUGCGCCGGGCCUUCGAGACUGUGGCCAUGGACCGGCUGCGCCGCAUCGGCAAGAAGAAUUCCAUACUGCAGCGGAAGCGCUCUGAGCCAAGUCCAGGCAGCAGUGGGGGCAUCAUGGAGCAGCACCUGGUGCAACAGGACAGGGACAUGGCUCGGGGUGUUCGGGGUCUGGCCCCAGGCACAGGAGCUCGGCUCAGCGGAAAACCGGUGCUCUGGGAGCCACUGGUGCACGCACCCUUGCAGGCAGCCGCCGUGACCUCCAACGUGGCCAUCGCCCUGACUCACCAGCGAGGCCCUCUGCCCCUCUCGCCCGACUCUCCAGCCACCCUCCUUGCUCGCUCUGCUCGUCGCUCAGCAGGUUCCCCCGCCUCCCCACUGGUGCCUGUCCGAGCGGGCCCUUUGCUCGCCCGGGGGCCGUGGGCAUCCACCUCCCGCCUUCCUGCUCCCCCUGCCCGAACCCUCCAUGCCAGCCUCUCUCGGGCAGGGCGUUCCCAGGUUUCUCUGCUGGGCCCCCCACCAGGAGGAGGUGGACGACGACUAGGACCUCGGGGCCGCCCACUCUCAGCCUCCCAACCUUCUCUGCCUCAGCGGGCAGCAGGUGAUGGCUCUCCUGGGCGUAAGGGAUCGGGAAGUGAACGCCUGCCCUCCUCAGGGCUCCUGGCCAAGCCUCCAGGGGCAGCCCAGGCCCCCAGGCCAUCAGUGCCUGAGCCAGCCACCUCCCGGGGUCCCCAGCUCUCUGCCAACAUGUGAAGCCCUUGGGUAGGCUCUCAGGUGUAGUAACGUGUGCCUGAGGGUGGAAGCCUCCUGGCGAGGGCCAAGGGGACCUGGAACACUGCCCUACGGGAAUAUCCCCCCACCUACCAAGAUGUUCUGUGUCUGCUCAGGCACCCUGCGGCUUGACAUCCUCCUAGUCCAUUCACUCAUUCAUCAAAUGUACUGAGCAUCUAUCACAUUCAAGGCACUGUGCCAGGCGCUAUAGGUCUCCACUACCAAGUAGAAGCAACUCCCAGCCGUCUGACGAGGGUAUCGUCCUGGCCAUGGUCCUGCCAGGUGCAGGCUCAGGCCUGUGAUCCCCUUAACUAAGCACAAGCACUUGCCAUCACUGCCAAGUACUAGGCGUCUCCCUUUCCCUGCCCAUGACCCUGCAGGUCUGCCUGAUGUGGUCAUCGUCCUGGCCCCGUAACUGAGCCAGGCACUGCCAGUUACCUGCACCUCCACUGUUGUCAGCAAAUGUCUUGGGUCCCCGGUGUGGGCGCGGGCACCUUCGCUGCCAUGUGUGGACCCUUCCUGCCUGAACCCCCCAAGUGGGAAUACGCAUCUCCUGUCAAGUUCCCUGCAGUCUCUGUCUCUGUGGUAGACUGUCUUUUUGUAAACUAGGAGCCACUUCUUCACUGUACGCCUGCCCCAGUGCUGUCCCCCUUGACGCCAAGGGAUGGUUGGCACCUCCUUUAAUGUGCCAGCCUAGAUCCCUCCAGGUGGGGGCAAGUGGCUGAAUCCUUAAAUGACAUUUUUGCUUUCCUUUCUCCCUUCCUUAUUUAUUUAUUCUUAUUUACACAAUUCUUAAUAAUUUUAUUUGCUAAUUUUAUUUAUUACCAAUUCAUUUUAUUCCCCCAUUCCUUUAUCCUUUAUCCUUCCCUCCACUCCCUUUCUGAUAGGGAGAUAGGAAGGGUCAGGCCCCUCCGCGCCAGCUCUUGUGGUACUUGCCCAACCCCAUCAGCAGCAAUACUCGAACCCUCCCCCUAUCUAGGUAGGGGCAGGAAGGCUGCCCAGGAGGGGGAGGAGGACUGUUCUUACUUUUAUGGGUUUUUUUCCUACUGAAUUUGCUCUUGGUGCAGGAGUAAGGGGAGGGCCUGAGGUACUCAAGCCUGGGAAAGGGCAGGCUAGCCAGCUCCUCUGCCUUCUCAGGGACAAGAGAAAUCCCUUGCCCCACCCCUCCAUCCCCACCCCUACUCUACAGCAUCAAAGAAUGUGGGGCCAGGACCCUAAACCUCCUUUUCUCCUGGGUCGGGGGUUCUGGGGUUCUGGAUAUGUAGGAGAAGUUUUGUAAUUGCUUCCAAACAGAUGGGUUUAAAAAAGAAAAUAGAGACACUCA